AUGUCUUCCGGGACGUCUUCGACGCCACACAGCAGCAGCAGCUCUGCAGGGGUGAGCCCGAGUCCCGCCUCCGUACCCAAUGGCAAAGGCACCACCAGCCCUCCUAAGGUCACUCAGCAAGAUGUCAGCGUGGAGCUGAAGAACAUGAAGCCGGAUCGGCCCCCUGUCAAGGGCUCGAUACCGCUGGGGGAAGACAUAAUGCAGAUCGCGCGGAUAGGGGAAAUCGGGCCUAUGCAAAAGUUGUUUGAUGACAAGAAGUUUACCGCUACCUAUGCAGACGAGGAAGGGAUCACUCCACUUCAUUGGGCUGCGAUCAACAAUCAGUAUGCCAUGUGCAAAUUCCUCCUGGAUCACGGUGCCGAUGUCAAUGCCAAAGGGGGAGAUUCGGUCGCUACCCCAGCCAUGUGGGCAGCUCAGCGUUGCAAUUACUAUAUCGUCCAUCUUCUCCUUCAGCAUGGUGCCGACCCGCUCCUCACCGAUGUCCAAGGCUACAACAUCCUUCAUUUGGCCACGAUUGAUGGGAAUGCGUUCUUGCUAGUGCUCCUAUUGCACCAGGAAAUACCGGUGGAUGUCUUGGACCAACAGGGCCACACAGGCUUGAUGUGGGCGGCAUAUAAAGGUUAUCCUGCUUGCGUGGAUCUGUUCCUGCGCUGGGGCGCCAACGUCAACGCUGUUGAUGACGGUGGACUAACCCCCUUACAUUGGGCUUUGGUCAAAGGGUCAUUGCCGUGCGUGCUGAAGCUCAUUGAAUAUGGUGCGGAACGAUUCGCGAAGACUCAAGAAGGUAAAACACCGGCCACAGUGGCCGGUGAGAUGAACACAACACGAGUCUGGUAUCGUGCUCUUGAUGAGUGCGGUUAUGACAUGGAUGGAAACACCAAAGUCCUCCCGAUGGGAUUAGGGCCCUGGGUGCGCAAUAAGGGUGUCAUGUCAAAGUUCUUCUUCCUUUGGCCCUUCGUGAUGAUCUAUGCGGCGAUCUAUAUUUUGAGCUACAUGGUCGUCUACGCUGCCAUUCCCAUUAUGCUUGUGGCAGUAUUUGGACUCCAGUGGGUUGCGCAGAAGGCCGCCAGCCAGGCACCUUCGGAUUAUAGAGUUCUUCAAAAAACGCCAUAUCUGUCAGGCGUCUUCGCAGGAACCCUGUUUUGGGUUGGUUUCACCUAUGUUUUCAACGUCUUACCUGCAACAUAUUCCGCAUUUCCGAUUAUGAACAUCUUGUUUGCGGUAUUCUAUAGCUUGACGACCUAUUUCUAUAUCUACUCAAUGAUCGAAGACCCCGGCUAUGUGCCAAAAGCUGGCAGCCGAAACCAACAGAGGGCCGUCAUCUCUGAACUGUUCACGCAGUGGAAGUUUGACGAGGAGAACUUCUGCGUAGCCUGUAUGAUUCGGAAGCCAUUGAGAAGCAAGCAUUGCAGACGUUGUUCACGCUGUGUUUCAAAGCAUGACCACCAUUGUCCAUGGAUUGAUAAUUGUGUCGGCGUUAACAAUCUGCGUCAUUUUGUUUUGUACAUCAUUUCGUUGGAGCUCGGCAUCAUUCUAUUUUUGCAACUGACGUAUAACUACAUCAAUGUUUUGCCUGCACCUGCCGAGGCGAAGUGCAAUGUCAUCAACGACACACUUUGUGGAUUUGUGCUGAGGGAUACCUUCACCCUCGUCCUCGAUAUAUGGGUCUUCAUCCAGCUGGUCUGGGUCACUAUGCUCUGCGCUGUUCAACUCGUCCAGAUCUCCCGGAACCAAACCACAUACGAGAACAUGCGAGGACACUCAAUCGAUCGAAGCUAUCCGAGCACUCGAGCCUUUGCAUCGGCUGUCACCGCAGGAACAACUUCGCUUGAUGCCGCCAGCCUCUCGGCUGCGGGUCAAGGACCAAACCCAGCGCUAGCCAGGGGCCACUCUCAUCGGGGACGGAAACAAGGGUGUCUGCAGCAGUGGUCGUCUCUUCUCGGUGUCGAUACGUUCUUCGCGACUGCGCGCGAUGGACUGCGAGACGGACCGCGUGCUGAUCGGCCCAAGAAUCCGUUCUCUCGGGGCGUUGUUAACAAUUGCCGCGACUUUUGGUGCGAUCGUUCUCCAUACUUUGGCAAGCGGGAGCCCGGGUCUGCCAUGCUUGGGGGAGAAAUAGUCAACUACAACCGGAUGUACGAGGCGCCGAUGCGCAUGCACAGUGGUGGAGGAUACCGGAGCCUCGCCAACGAUGAUCUUGAGCAGAACGUUUGA